UCACAUAAGAAACCCACUUUUUUCUUCCCCGAAACCAAACCCUAAUACACCGAAACAUUUUCGCUGGUUCUGACAGUGGGGAAAGGUAUAGGAUAGGAGAAGGAGAAGCAAUGGAUGCGUUGAGGAAGCAGCUGGAUGUACUGAUGGGAGCGAAUCGAAACGGCGACGCACAGGAGGUGACGCGGAAGUACUACGAUCGUGAUGUCUGCCGCCUCUUCCUCGCCGGCCUUUGCCCUCACGAGCUUUUCCAGCUCACUAAAAUGGAUAAGGGACCGUGCCCCAAGGUGCAUUCAUUGCAGCUGAGGAAAGAAUAUGAGGAAGCAAAAGCAAAGGGUCUUGAUAAUUAUGACAGGGAUUUAGAGGAUAACAUAGACAGACUUAUUGUUGAAUGCGAUCGUAAAAUUGCCCGGGCUCUGAAGAGACUGGAUGAAGAGGAUGCUAAAGCGGCUAUCGCAAUUUCUGUAUCAGAAGUUACUCAGACUCUGGAGAAUAUUGAGUUGUCAAAGCAAAUUAAAGAGAAGUUGAAAGAAGCUGAUCAAUUUGAUCUUGAAGGCAAGACGGACAUGAAGAUUCGUGCUCUUGAAGAGGUUGAAGAACUAAGAACUAAAAGAGCGGACAAACAGGCAAUGCUUCUUUUAGAUGCUUUCAACAAGGAUCGUGCAUCUCUUCCGCAGCCCCUGACAAAUAAUACACAAUUGGCACCCUUGCCAGCAGCUCUUCCAGAUCCGCACAUUCAAGAUAUGAUUAACGAGAAGCUAAAAAAAGCUGAAGAUCUUGGUGAACAAGGAAUGGUGGAUGAAGCACAGAAAGCAUUGGAAGAGGCUGAAGCACUCAAAAAGCUGCCACCACGACAGGAAGCUGCAACUGAUUCCUCAAAGUACACAGCUGCUGAUGUGCGCAUUACUGAUCAGAAGCUUCGUGUCUGUGACAUUUGCGGAGCAUUCUUGAGUGUUUAUGACAGUGAUCGACGUCUAGCCGACCAUUUUGGUGGAAAGCUCCACUUAGGGUAUAUGCUAAUUCGCGAAAAGCUAGCUGAGCUUCAGGAAGAAAGGGACAAGAAGCGAAAAACCCAUGAAGAGGACAGAAGAUCAAGAGAUCGGAAAAGCCGAGACGGUGACAGAGAAUCCAGCAAGGAUCAUGAUAAAAGUGAGACCCGUGAACGUGGAAGGGAUUAUGAUCACAGGGGCAGAGAUCGUGAUAGGCACUAUGAUCGCCACCGUGGUUAUGAUCGUGAACGUGAGAGAGAGAGGGACAGUACUCGCAGCUAUGACUCAAGGAGUCGCCGGAGAUCUCGUUCCCGAUCUAAAGAACGCUCGAGAGAUUAUGAUCGCCACAGGCGUUCUGAUCGAUACUAGCUGGACAAAGAUUUCUUCAUCCAGAGGAUGGAUCUGAAGUUGGCAGUUCCCGUUGAUGAAUAGUGUGGUAUUCCCUAGGCAGAUGUUCCAUUUUCUUGCUUUAAACAAAUUCUGGCGUUCAGCUAUUGCUGCAUCUGGUAGUAGAAGAUUGUUCUUGGUAUGCUAGUUGCCUUGAAAACAAUAGAGAUUUUCUCGUGGUGGUUGCUUAGCUUAAGUUUGGUCAAUGCAUUAUGAUGAAUGAUUCUUUUUUUCUUAAAAAAAAAAAAGUGGAAAAUUUUAUGUGGAACAAAUAUUUGAAAACAUGUUUGGCAAAGCUUUGAGGAAGAUUGAAGGACCAA